UCGUUUUGCUCCAAUAUCCUGCAGCAUGUUGGCAGCAUCCUCACACAUACAGUAAGAUAGACCUGUCUCCCUCUCUCUCCCUCUCUCUCCGUCUGUUUGUUACUCUCUCUCUCACUCGCUCGCUUUUUGUUCCAGCUGCAGAACAAAUCCUGGCUUUCCUUCCCCUGCUCUGCUCUACUCUACAUCUCUGCGCCUGGAGACACACACAAACUUUAAGUGUCAUCACACAGCGACACACACACACACCUCUCCUGGAGUUCCUGCUGAACCAGAGGAGGAGGAAAGAGGCCGGAAGAAAUUGGCUUAAAGUCCUGCAGCCGCCUUCGAACUGCUGGGAACCAGCCAUUAGGACCCCAGCCGAGAGCUAUAUGAGGGACAGAAGCAGUGCUGACAGCUCUUUACUGAGAACUGCUGCAGGGAUGAGGUGGUGGCUGGUGGUGGCCAGUCUGUGGCUGCUGGUGGCCUUGACCAUCCCUGAUGCUGAGGCCAGAAACCGACCACGAAACCAGAAUGGUGAGAUUCUUAGAGGGAGGAGGAGGAGGAAAGAUGGACAAGGUUUUGGCCGGGCUAGAGCGGGGCGAACUAGACCUCUGAAGAUCAGACUGGUUCCUGGUCCCAGCAUCCCAGUGGUGCCUGUAGAAGGAAAUGCUCUUCUCCAACAACCCUAUAAGAACAUCCAAGAACAGCACGCCACCUACAACGUCAUCCCAGGUAAGCAGGGCCAGUGUGUGUACCAGGGUCUGACCAUGUUUGACCAGGCCGUCUGGUCCCCAAAGCCCUGUGUGACUUGUCUGUGUACCGGAGGGCGGGUGGUUUGUGAUGAGAGCACCUGUCCCGAAAUACACUGUCAUUUCCCCUUCACCCCUGCGGGAGAGUGCUGCCCUGUCUGCAUGGAGCCAGAACCUGACCUCAGCCUUGACAUUUCUGGUGACUCCCCAGUUCCCAAUGACCCCAGUGAUGUCGUGACUCCACUGACCCAAGAGGAGAUCCAGAAAAUCCUCUGGAGGGAGGCAGAGCAGCAUCGUGAGGAGGAAGAACGCGUGAAGAAGAAGGAGGAAGCGAGAAGAAAGAGAAGGAAGCAAAGGAAAGAGCAGGAGGAGAAACAGAGAAAGAUAGCUGAGGAGAUGAGAAAGCAGGAGGAGGAGGCACUGAGGCUGCAGGAAGAAAAGGAACUGGAGGAGUGGAGCAGGCAGGUAGAGGAGGAGCAAAAGAGGAGGCAGGAGGAAGAGGAAGAUAGGAGACAGAAGGAGGAAGCAGAGAGAGAAGCAAGAGAGAGGGAAAGGAAGCUAGAGGAGGAAAGGAAAAGGCAGGAGGAGAUGCUGAGGGAAGAACUUUUGGAUUUAGUUGAAAAGGAGAAAGAGAGGCGCGAGGAAGAGAACGAGAGGCGCGAGGAAGAGAACGAGAGGCGCGAGGAAGAGAACGAGAGGCGCGAGGAAGAGAACGAGAGGCGCGAGGAAGACAACGAGAGGCGCGAGGAAGAGAACGAGAGGCACGAGGAAGAAAAGGAGGAGCAGGAGGAGGAGGUGUGGCUGAGAGGAGAUGUGUUUCAAAUGCUCCCAAAAGAGCCUGAAGAACCUGAGGAACCAGACCUCCUUCCUGCUCCGAUUCCAAGACCUCCAGUUGCUACAGAGGAGGAACAGGUAGAAACCGAAGAGACGGGAGAAGGGGAGGAUAGGGAGAUCAUAGCUGUAAACAGAGGAGGCCUUCCUCCAGGCUGUGACAUCUCUGACGUUACUGCCACAUGUGAGAAUGCCAAACUCACACACUUCCCUCCUCUGGCCAUUCCUGAGCUGAAAUCUCUCAGUCUGGAGGGCAACAGCAUCAGCAGCAUCCCAGCAGGAGCCUUUAAUGGAAUUCCUAACCUGGAGUGGAUCAACCUGAAGAAAAACAAACUUACUUCUGCUGGCAUUGAUGCUAAAGCCUUCAAAGGUCUGAAGAAGCUAACACGUCUGUAUUUGGAUGGAAACCUUUUAGACGUUGUGCCAUCUGACCUUCCCCCGACCCUGCAGGAGCUGAAGAUCAAUGAAAACAGACUGAGAGGGAUAGAUGAAAACAGCUUCCAAGAUCUGAGCAGCCUGGUUAUUCUGGAGCUGGAAGGAAAUCUGCUGAGUGAGGGGAAUGUAGAUCCUCUGGCCUUCGCUCCCCUAAUCCAGCUUUCCUACCUCAGACUGGGGAGAAACCAUUUCCGUACUGUACCACAAGGCCUUCCCAAGUCAUUGCUGGAACUCUAUUUGGAGAACAACCUGAUUGAAGAAAUCUCAGAGACAGUUUUCAAUCAGACCAGCAAUCUGAACAUAGUUUCUUUAAGACACAACAAACUGGAGGAGACCAGGAUUGCUCCCCUGGCCUGGAUCAACCACAGAUAUUUGGAGUCCAUUGACCUUUCAUAUAAUAAGCUUUACAUGGUUCCUUCAUAUCUACCAAGAUCUCUAGUUCACUUGGUGCUCUUGGGAAACAAUAUUGAGAGGAUACCUGGUUACGUUUUUGCCCACAUGCAACCUGGUUUAGAGUACCUCUACCUCUCCUACAACAAACUGGAUGGAGAGGGGACUGAACCUGAGUCGUUCUUUGGGGCCUACCACUCCCUUGUCGAACUGUGUCUGGACCACAACCAGCUGGUUGUUGUGCCAUCUGGCAUCAACGAAAUGACCAACUUACACUUCCUCAGACUCGACAAUAACAUGAUCAGGAGUAUUCCUGAUGAAGCCAUCUGUGACCCAAACCACAGCGGGGACUCCACCUUGGUGGCUGUAAGAUUGGAAAACAACUACAUCGACCCCCAAAAAAUCUCACCAAUGGCCUUUUCCUGUGUAAGAUCUGCAUCAAGUGUGGUCUUAAAACCUCAGAAAACCAAGUGAACACACAUAAACAAAAUAAAAAACUGAGAGACAGUGGACUUUAAUUUGCCAAAAGAAGUCAAAAUCUCCUUUCAUCAUUUUUCUGUUACUAAUAUCAUACAAAAUAAAAAAUAAACCUAAAAAAUUACUCGAAAACGCAUUAGUCUGAUGUCAAAAUCUGACACACAGUUUAAACAUUCAAACAUGGUUACUGUCGUAUAGCAAGAUGCUAUUUGAACAUUUUCUACAACUUUAGACCAAACACAUGGUUUGGUAUCUGGUAAGCUGUCCUGCUCUGUCACCUGGCCCAUCUUAAACUGGUCUGAAAGUGACAGAACGCAUCUGUCCGAUCUCAGAAAAUCUUCUUCUUCUACUUUCGGCUGCUCCCUCUAGAGGGUCGCCGCUGUGGAUCACUGUGUAAAAGGGAAGGAAUUCACAGUAAAAUGAAAAUCCUAAUAAAGAAAUGGAAAGAAUUCUAUGAAGUGCGACUGCAAGCACAGCGCAUUAUUUUUAACAACCUCAGCACCUUCAUGUUUCAUUUCUCAGCUGCAAUUCUUCCACUGCCUGUUUUCAUAAAAACUCUGACAUGGAAAGCUCACACGUGACACAUUCCCUAAGAUGUUUGCGUUAAACCAAGCGCUGCUGGAGAGCCAAUUCCUCAAACAGAUCAAGAUGAGAUGUAAUAACAUGCCUGUUCCUCAACGUUUUAUCUUUAUCUUGCUUACGUGACUGGACAGGGCAGUGACCUUCCUCAAGUGUAGUCAAGUCUGAUUUAUGUUUGAUGCAAAAAUUAAGUGGGAGUCUUGCUAUUGCAUGUGUUAUGAUUUAUAAUUCAGCAUCAUCAAGACGAAAGCAUCAUAUGUGAUAUUGAGCUUUUGUUAUGGUAUAUCCUGCACAGCAACUGUUUCACUUCACUUUGUGGUUAAAAGAAUUCACAAUGAAUUCACGAUCCCUUACAAAGUUAUGUCUGCAACUGUAUCUGGGUUAACUUCUAUUUCUUCUUAUCCUGCUUUAUAUAGGAUGUGUCUUAACAUGGGUUUAUUUAAUCCCAAGUGGGAGCAGAGUAUGCUGAAGAUUUUAUGGAAAUUAUGGCCAAACAUUUCUGACUUUAAUGCUGCUGCAUGAAAAUAUCUUAUUUUACUUACUGUAAAUUUGUACUUCUGUGUUUUCUUUAAAAUGAAUCUUCUUCUUUCCCAGACACAGAAACACACAAGCCUUUUAGAUAAUUUAAACUCUUUUACUGUGCAUCAGCUUUCAAGCUGUGCAAACUGUAAUAUAAUGUAUUACGACUGUGUACAUGAAAGGCUCUUUCUACCUAAAGGUCUUAAUGUUGCUUUGAAAAGCUCUCACUAGAGGUCCAAAACACUCAACAAUUUAACAAUUUACUUUAGAUUUUUUCAUUUCAUUUCUUUUUUUUACAAAUUUAAGAUAUAUUUGAAAAUUAUAUCCUUUCAUUUGCUCUUGGCUGGCCAACAUGCUUAAAUUAUAUGAAGUUGGUGAGUCAACUUUAUAUUUUACAGUUUAGCACAAUGUUAUGAUGCACGGAAAAAAUAAACUUUAAGUUACCAUUCCUGUCUGAGUGAAGUCUGCCUAAACCUAGUACCCUUUCAAUGAAAGCACUUCAGAUUUUGCAGUCACAUGUUCUUCUUCUUGUUAAUUUUUGGUUUUAACACCUUUUUGGCACAAACAGCAGAAGGUUAGUGAUGUGUAAUCUGGCUUGUGAUCAACAGUUCACAGGUUGUUGUAAUGUGCAGAAAAAAAGUCAUAUAUUUUCUUUCAAUUGCUUGGCUGUACUGGAGAUUAACAAAUGUGACCUGGACCUUGGGCGCAAUUUGGAUGAAGGCUCAUUAGGUGAUCACUAUGUGCAAGUUUUUGUAGCAGUUUUUGUCCCUCUACAGAAGAAUUAUAGAGUGACAGACUGAUGCUUCACCAUGGCAUAUGCACAAAAAUUCCAGUAUUGAUGUACAGUUUAGUGUGGAUGUUUUAAAUUUCUCAGCUGACAUUUUCUGACCAAAGUUUUAACAGCUGCUCACCCAAAUCUGCCACUAUGGACUGCUUCUCUUGCGGAUAUCUAUUUUAGAAUGUAACAGGCCUCUUACUUGCAGCAGUGAUGCAACUUGAUAAACUGCAUGAGUACCAGAUGGCCAGGACUAGUUGAACUACUUAAAAAAAAAUAAUUACAAAAUAUUGCUGCUGUGGUUCAAACAUCUGGAACCAGGUUCCACAAGCCUCUUGUUUCUAUCUGGAACAACGUAGAAUACCUCAAGUCCUUUUAAGAUCAGUUGGUCCAUGGCUCACACACCCAAAUAAGUUAGAUUAUAUUGCACUGGAUCCCCUGAUCAUUUACACAGCCUGCCUGUCCAGGACAUUUAGGAGUAUUUUCAUGUUAUCAAAUUAACAGCUUGGGCUUCAGGGAAAAAGUGGAGCCAUGAUGACUUUUACAGAAUAAGAAAAAAAAUGUAGUUAACCUUCCAUUACAUGUCUUUUAGCUAUAUGUAAUACAUAUUUACUGAAAGCUGCAAUUAACAGAGUUAGAAAAGCCAACCAAAUCAUAAUAUUUUCCUCUACAAGCCUGAGGUUUAGGAUCAUUUACUUCAGUCACAGACAUCGAAAGGAUGAUUGAAACAGAAAAAAAACUAAACUGUGAGGAGCAUAAAACCUCAGCUUCUUUAAUGGUAAAAACCCUGAAAAUAUUAGAUAAUUGUAUGGGGACUAAAAUAAAUUUGAAUGAAUAAAAGCAAACAAAGAAUCACAAAUGUGUGGUCAGUUUCUAAAUGCCGGCAGUUGUCAUCUGACUGAACCUGGAGCUGGAAAACUUUCCUCCCUUGAACUAAAGCUGAGAUGAAAGUUUUUCCUGAGGGAGUUCUCCUCUGCCAACAUGAACAGCUGCUCUGUUCAUCAGUCUUGCAUAUCAAACACGUGAGUGAACAAUCAAAUACUCAUUAGUCAUGUGACCUCAUCCAUGCUCCUCAGGAUGAGGAGAUGUAACUGAAAAAGUAAACUGUAAAGUCAUUCCCAUGUACUCAGACAUUUUAUCAGGCACAAAAGAUCAGUACAGAGCUGGAACUCAAUUCAUCUGAUUUCUGUGAUAUAAAAA